AUGAUUGACUGCAAGCCGUUAUCGACUCCAAUUGAAGCAAACACCAAGAUAUGUGCUCAAGAUGGAAAAGAUUUGGAGGAUGCAACUAUGUACAAACAGCUGGUCGGAAGCCUAAUCUACCUAACUCUAACACGACCAGACAUUUCAUAUGCAGUGGGGAUUGCAGGUCGAUUCAUGGAGAAACCAAAGAAGCCACACCUCGAGUUAGUCCGACGCAUACUAAGAGAAAAAGUGCUCAAAGGGGAGAUAGAGAUGAAGUACGUUGGCACGGAAGACCAAAAACAGAGUAGAAUAUCCCAACUGCCAAUACCUACACUUCACCACAUUCUCUGUUUCCUCUCACAAAAAGAAGCUGUGAAGACUUGUCUACUCUCCAAACAAUGGCGCCACAUAGGAUCAACCCGCCCGAACCUCGAAUUUUCCGAAGAAUUGUUCAACAGUACACAACGAAACUUCGUCUCCGUAGUCGAUCGAACGCUACAAGGAUACACUGAUCAAAAGCUCUCCAUAAACAAACUCCAUCUCGACUUUUCGAAGCCCAUUUCACUACCGGUCGUCUCCCUUCUCCGUAGAUGGAUCCCGAAAAUAGCGGCCCUCAACAUAAAAGUCUUCAAACUCAACUUUCUUUCACCCCCCACUCAUCCCUUUCUUCCAUAUGCUCCUGCGUAUUACGACCUGCCGUCGGCAGUGUUUUUAGCCGAGUCCCUCGAAGAACUACACCUGAGCAAAUGCAGGCUGAGCCCAGUCGUCGAGAGCGUGCGGUUUGAAAGUUUGCGCUCGAUCACCCUCGAACAUGUCCACGUUGAUGGCCGCACUUUCGAGACGAAAAUGUUGGGUUGCCCUUUGCUCAGGCGCCUUGUCAUUAAAAGAUGUGGGGGGUUGAGAAACAUUAGGGUGAGCGAGGCGGCAUCGCCUGGGCUCAAGCACUUUGCAUUGUGUGAUUUUGAGAUGAUCAAAGGGCGUAGCAUCGAAAUCGAUGUCCUGAAUAUCGAGACGGUCUCCAUCGGGGGCCCAUGGAUUUGGUCUCACCGCCGAAGAGCAUUCUUGUUCUCUCGUCUUACGAGUUUGAGUCUCUGUAAUGUGAUCCUGUCGAGUGAAUCGCUCAACCUUUUAUCGUUCGGCUGCCCGACUCUUGUGAGCUUGGCCUUAUAUUAUUGCUCCGGUUUUGAGGAAUUCCAUCUUGCAAGUGAUUCGGUCAAGUGCUUGACCAUCUCGACUAGCAAAAUAUUGGUUAAAGGAGUUACGAUUUGUGCCCCGAACAUUGUCAGAUUUGAUUUCACAGCCCCUAUUUCCCAGGUGCCGGACACAUUCUCUGUUGCGACAACUACUUCCAAGGAGUGGUGCUCAUGUGUAAGCCUCUCUUCUUCAUGUGAGGAUGAUCCAGAUUUCGACGCCAAUUCAUGGUUCCUUAAGCUUAGACGAAUGCUCAAGGCACUAAGUGGGUCUCAAAUUUCUCUGAUUCUGGAGAUGGACGGCGGCCCUCUGGAUGUGCCGUGCAGUGCUGUCGACUGCAGUCAUCUUCUCGGAGACCAUCCGCCUGUGGUGGUGGAGGACUUGACAUUUAGUACUUGUAAAUGUCGCACGGCAUCUUGGUACUCGGGCUUUAUGAAUGCCUUGUUUCGCGUUUGUCAACCGAGACACAUAUGGGGUUGUAGGAACAACAGGCUCUCGGAAUUUCAGAUAAUCUUGCUUGCAAACAAGAUCCUGGGGAUCGAGCCCUACUUUUGGCGGCAAGAACUGGAGCAGGUCGGUUAUCUUAAGAUUGUGAGGGUUGCGAAUGGGUUGGUUCCUUCUCUUUGCAUUAGGAACUUCGAUCUGAGUAUUAUGGCUGGUUGA